CUGACAGUAUUAUAAAUAAAAAUAAAUGGAAGUUCGGAAAGAGUUUUUAAAUUUAGGUGUAGAUUUAUUGAAAAAUGGAACAUUCAGGGCCAUCAGAUUUUGAACGAAAAUACGAUAUACUAGACGUUGCAACUCCAAGGCAUACGAUAUUAUCUGGACGUUAUAAAAGGAGUUUUGCUUAUUACACGUUGAGGGAACGCUUGCCGGUUAUAUUAACAAACAUUAUUGAUAGCUUAACAAAAGAGAAGGAUGAAAUUGCUGAAAAAUAUGAAGGAGAGAAAACUCGCGAAGAAAUUAAGACUGUUGUGGGCCAUAUUUCAAAAUUAAAAUAUCAACUGCAAACUGACAAACCAUUCGAGAAAUUCUUGGGAAUUGAGCAAGACAAGGAGAUGUGGAACAUUUUCCUAGAAGCUUUGCCAGCUAAAUGCGCUUCGUUUUUCCAAUCGGCCUGGCUCUACUCAGAGUGCUACAUGUACAGGAGGGUUUUUUCUUUUUUUGAAAAUACAGAAACACUUAGACACCAUGAUUAUUUUUUUAAACAAAAGUGCAAAGCGCUAGAAAUAAAUGCAGUUUUAAAUUUAGGUAAAAGUUUGCGAAGCACUGAACGAGACUCGAAAACAUUUUCAAGUCUUUUAAAGGUUAAUUUAUGGGGAAAUAAAUGCGACCUCUCCAUAAUUAUUCCUACUAUCUGCGACCCGAAUGACAAUGUUUUUGAACAUUGUAGCACAUUAGACGAUCACGUGUUGGUUGAUGACUCAAGCAGGAUUUGGAAAUGUUUGGAUUCGGCAGACCAAUCAAAAUGUAUUACAGUGGACUUUGUAUUGGACAAUGCUGGAUUCGAAUUUUACACUGACCUCAUUUUAGCCGAUUAUUUGUUGAGCAAGAAAUUGGCACAUAAAAUCCGAUUUCAUACAAAGCCAAUGCCUUGGUUUGUUUCAGAUGUGACACCUGUGGACUUCCACCACACCUUUGAGUAUUUAGAGAAACACAGUUCAAGUCACUUAAGUGUACAGGGACGCAAAUGGAAGCAGUAUUUGGCAGAUGGAUUCUUCGAAAUGGCUGCUGUAAAUUAUUUUUGGUCAAGCCCAUACGAAUACUAUAAAAUGCGUGAAGUGGAUAUGGACUUAUAUAAUUAUCUUGCUCAAGCUCAACUUGUUAUAUUCAAGGGAGAUCUAAAUUAUCGAAAAUUGUUAGGCGAUAAGAAUUGGGAUCCCACAGAAGACUUCUUGAUUUGUUUGAGAGGUUUUCAACCGACUAACAUUUGUACAUUGCGCACAGUUAAAGCUGAUUUGAUAUGUGGCUUGGAACACGGUAAAGCUGAGGAUCUAUUCCGGCAGAACCCGAAAUGGAUGGAGACCGGAGAGUAUGGUGUUAUACAAUUUAUGGAAGGUUCUAAAUGGAGGUUCUAAAAGACAGAUAACAACAAAGCAAUAGCUAACAGCAGUAUCCACAAUGAAUUUUCACAACAGAAUAUUAAAUUUUACCUUUUCACAUUUUUUUUUUGUAAAUAAACAUGAUGUCUAAGAAUAUCCAAAAUUAAA